AAGCAACUCCGCUUUCUCAAUCGACGCUUUAACAGAUGCAAAGAGAGAAAAUGCCAAGCCACUGGACCCAAAGACGCAAAUUUUCAUUGCAAAGACGAUUCUCAACUUCUUUUUGCCACUGUACUCACUUUGUCGAUAAUUCAAUGAUGUGCUUGGGAGGAUUGGAACAGAACAGCAGGAGCAGGAACGGACCAUCAAGUCGUUUGCAUUCCCGCUUUCUUCUGGUCGAGGCAUCUGAGGUCGCCACCGAGAUGUCGGGCUCAAGUCUUCGCUUCCUCAUGUUUAUCGCGGCUUUCGUCGCAUUCGCUGCACAGACGAUCGCAGCUCAGCGGACGGGGACGAAAUUGGAAUGGCCGGCCUUGCGCUUCCACUUUACCAUCAAGAAAGAGACCAUGAAGGUGUAUGACCAGACCUCAUUCGACAUGUACGCCAACCCGACCGUGCAGGACGCCAACAAAAACGUCCUAUACGACGUAUACGCCACCUUCACGCAGCCCAAGGCUCUGCAUAACUAUACACUUGUAGACGGUAUCGCGUACUCGGAGAUGACUCCGUUCACGACUGGGAGUUCUUCGGGCGUUCCGACACCGCUAACGGUAUGCUUGGACUCCGAGUCCGGCAAGCUGCCGGCUAUUAACUCUAUCGUGGCUGCUGUUAGCGAGGCCACGGCUGCGUCUGGAAAUGGUAGUGCAGCUUCCACGUGCACGACAGGAGGUGCGUACGAGACGACGAUCAAUGGCGCAGACUACGAGAUCUGCGUUACGGGGACGACUGGCUUUACAAUGAAGGGCAGCGAUAUGGAGGUCUCGGUAGAAUAUUUGGACAACCAGAUUGAUAUCAAACCGCCGACAAUGGACCGCAAGGAGGCGAGUAGGUGCAAAGACUUGGGGCUAUCAAGCUCCGUGAGCGCAAUUGGACACGCACUCCUCACUGGCGAGCCGAUGCCCUCGAAAACGACAGGAAAGCGAGGCAUUAACCUCGACUGA